GACAGCGGGGAAGUCGUUCCCUUGAAGGCGAAGCAACUGACAUCAUUUAUCCAUAUCCAUACAGCUCCUUUUCCAAUUUCAUCUUUAUUUGAAAUAAAAAUAUAAAAUAAAAAACAGCCUUUCUUUACUUCUACUCUCUAAUUUCUCCAAUUUCUCAAUCCAAAGUUCAAAACCCUUAUUCAUCUUCUCUGUCGUUUCUCCUGUGAGAUGAGAUUUGGGGUGGUAGAGGUGUUUUCAGAUGAUGGAGCUGAGUAAAGGGACCACAUUCCUCCCCCAAUUUCGAGUUUCUUUGCCUUACAUCACUUGCCCUGUCUGCAAACGCUUUAGAGUUUCGGCUUCCUUUGGCGGAGAGACUUUUUCUGUAUCAUUCUCUAGAUGGAAAAAGCUUGAGGCACAUUGCAAUAAUAGUGAAAGUAUUCAGCACUCAGCUAUUUCUAAGAGUGAUAGUUCAAGGCUUCCUGAGCUCUCUUUCAACCGUUUACAACUUACUGACGAGGAAUAUUGUGGAUUGCAAAGACGGAAUUUUGGUAGAUUUGUUGCACGUGAAGCUGUACUGGAUGAAGAAUAUUGGACAGCAGCAUGGCUGCGGGCAGAAGCCCAUUGGGAAUCUUUAUCGUAUAUGCGGCAUGUUGAUAAUUAUAAAAGGAAGUAUGCUGAAGAGGAGUUCUAUGCUUUGAAACGACGAUGUGCUGGGCAAGAUGGAAAUUUAUUGAAGUGCUUCUGUUUUGUUGCAGUUAAGAAGGAGGAGAAAAAUAUACGAAGAACCGUCUUAAACAGUGUUGUGGGAACUCUGGACCUAAGCAUUCGACAAUAUCUACGAGGGGAAACAUACCCCGGGGAGAUUAAAAGAUUGUCUUCUGUCUUGGCAAGUCCAGAGCCCUUUGAUGCGCAUAAAUAUGCUUACAUUGCCAAUGUUUGUGUUUCAAAAUUUGCCCGACGCCAGGGAAUUGCACUAAACAUGCUUUCUUUGGCCAAUGAUGUUGCCUCCUCAGCCGGUAUGAAGCAACUAUUUGUUCAUGUAAAUGCAGACAACAAACCUGCUCAAGAACUGUACAAAAGAACUGGCUUUAAGGUCCUUUUGAGCAUGUUCAGUGAAUUCUUUUCAUUUCAGUUUUUGGACAAUGAAGGAAACCCCAUUCCACAAUCUCUCCUUGGGAACAAGGACUUAGGAUUGUAGAAGCUUCUUCAUCUCCUCUAUCAAAAGACCAAAGGCUUCUGAUGUCAAUGGAAUUGUAAGCUGUGGAAUGUAGGUGGACCACCAUUAGAAUGGUGGUUAUAGUGGGAGGUUCCAGGUACAACUCACAGUGGAGACAAAAAUUUAUUUUAUUAAAAAAAAACAAAGGGAAAAAAUAAAAAAUAAAUGGUGGUUAUAGCAAAAUUGUAAUAUCUUUACCAAAGGGAAAAUAUGUUCCUUUUUCUCCUUUCUUUUGCAUUGGUGUAGGCCAAAUAUCUUAUUGGUUUACGGCUGUAUGCUUGGUUUGGCUUGGUUUAAAGUUGUGAGGGCACAUAAUGAUGAUGAUGUAAAUAAUUUGAUAUGUUGUUAAUAUUUAGUGUUUUUCUGUUAUUAUUUUUUAUUA